GAAGCGUGGGGCGGCCUUGCGACUGUGCGGUAUGUGCGUGUUCUUUGUGUGGGACUGGGAUGGGCUAAGCAGCAGUCCGUAGGAGGUGCAGACAUCCUCAGCAUCCUGGAGCAGAAAGGUGCAUGGGUAUAUAGUGGGGAGAGCAGACGGAGCAGUCAAAGUCUCCAGAAGAGAGGAACUCUACACACGGACAAGAUCUCAUUCAGAGCAUCGGCAGCAGGUUUUUUAAAAAAUCCCCCCAAAAAAACAGUUUAGUGAUCCAGGAUGCGAGCUCUGUUGGUCUUGCCUCUGCUGCUGUGUGCCGCCGUAUGCUGCGUGGACAGAGCGAGAGCAGAAGUGAAGGCGGUGAAAUUGUGUGGCCGAGAGUUGAUGAGGGCUGUGGUGUACACCUGUGGAGGAUCCCGCUGGAGGAGGUUCCUCACUGAGCCAGACAUGGAUGGUCUGUCCAGAGGAGAUGAGAACAGUGUGGAAAGUUUGCCAAGCGUCAGAAGUUACCCCGGCUCAGACCUGAUCAGACGGGACAUAAACAACAUCCUGUCCACAGUCUGCUGCCAGGUGGGCUGCAGGAAGAGCGACCUCACCUUCCUCUGCUGAGCGCCACCACACCUGGCGUCUUCGUCACCCCUUCCUCAGGUGACCCCAAACGGAUUAGUCUUGCCUUUUACCAGGAAGCAAAUGUCAAUCAAAGAGCUUAAAGACGACAUGAUCACUAUAUCAACAGUAGAAUGUGUUUUUCAAUAUUUUAUUUUUACAAUAUAUAUUUCUUACGUGUUAGGGGAGUUUAUUUGAACUUAAAUGUAGAUGUGAAUCACUACAAUAUUGUCUGAUAUGAUUUGUAGAAGAUUUGUUCAACUGUACCCAUUUUUUUUUUUUAAGUAAAUCAAAUUAAUAACAGAACUCAGGGAAGGUAGCUAAGAGUGUGAAAUGCAAU